CACUAGGUCAACAUGGCGACAGAGUUGCGAGCGGGUCUUGAUGUCAAUACAAGGUAGUCGCUCGUGCCAUAUUUCACGUCCGAACACGCUCCGGUUUCCGAUGUAUUAAAUGAUCCACUCCGCCGAAAUCACGACACCAAGAUGCAGCCCCGUGCCGUCUUCUUGUCCUUAUGGUUCGGCGCACCCCGAUCAUUUGCUUGCAAGACUUGCAAAUAUUCCAACCAACACGACGCAAAAGUCACUCGAGCAAAUGGCGACUAUUCCAAGACAGAUUGAUUGCCAUGGCGCUGCCUAUGGUGGAACAGAUAUUGCGCUGCCGAUGUAUCUGUUGAGCUUGCAACGCGAGGCUACGUGCUCAAUAAUGUCCGGGACAUUUUGUCCACGCAGCUUCAUUGUUAGCAGUCGAUUGAUGUCUUUGGAUAAAGUCAAUCCCCAGGACAGGCUGCCCAUGCUGCAAAGCUACCGGUUCACCAUGAUACCCGGAUUGUUUCGCGCGCGAUGCUCCAGUCAUACUCGGCAACCCCGACUACACCGGUGUGGAGACUGCCGUCAAAGGCAACAACAUCAAAUGUCGUCCAUGCCAGAGAUUCGCAAGAAUCACGCUGAUUAUGCUAUUCUG